AUAACAGCCGCUGCAACUUAACCUUAAAUGUUUUCAGUAAUCGAGAAUCUUCUGUCAAUAAACGUAAUCUAGGGUGUAAACAUAUUUUGUUGUGAUUUUGCUGUAUCAUUCUGAUAAUUGUAGAUGACAGUGACUGCUAAAUAAAAUGGGUGAAAUAAAGAUCGAGUUUGCAGUGCAAAUGUCCGGGCCGGGAUGCGCCCAAAGAGUAUCGAAAAGUUUAGAGGGUGUGGGGAACGUACGAAUAGACCCUGACCUUGGCCGAGUGAUUGUUAAUACUAAAGUACCAUGGUGCGAGGUUCAGGACCGCAUCGAAAAGACUGGUCGCAGGGCCGUGCUGUCUGGAUUUGGAGGGCAAUCAGCGGUUGCUAUGAUUGGAGAUGGACAUCAAAGCAUCAAGGGUGUUGUGCGGUUCUCAGCUAUUGAUAAUCAAAGCGAUGGUUGCGUAGUCGACGGAGUUGUGGACGGACUCAGUCCUGGACUUCAUGGUAUACAUGUCCACGAAUGUGGGGAUCUUUCGGAGGGUUGCGAAUCGGUUGGGGAACACUAUAAUCCUCGCAGUUCGCCACAUGGUGGUCCCAAUGAUCCACCUGAUUCACGACACGCAGGCGAUUUAGGAAACAUUCGGGCUGGAAAUGACGGACGGGCGACAUUCAGAUUUAUAGAUCCUAUUCUUAAUGUUAGUGAAAUAAUUGGAAGAUCAGUUGUGUUAACAGAAAACGCUGAUGAUUUGGGCAAAGGUGGGCAUGAGAAAUCACCAGUCGAUGGAAAUUCCGGAAGAAGACUUGCAUGCGGAAUUAUUGCCCGUUCAGCUGGAAUUCUACAAAACUAUAAGAAAAUUUGCGCUUGUGACGGAGUUACUAUCUGGGAUGAAAGGGACAAACCCUUAGCUGGUGGAAAUCGGUCAGUGAAGACACCAUCUAAUCAGAACGGUAAAUUAUAAUGUGAAAGGUGUAGAUAUUUUUAAUAUCCAUGCGCAUGGUUGUCGGUGGUUUAUAAUAUAAUAAAUAGAAUAUACAAAGUAAAA